AUUCGUUUACGCUUCAUAAUUCUUCUGUGUCUCGUUUCUCCAUUCAGAGAUCUCACUGGGAAUCGACUGAGUAAUUUGCCAAUGACUGGACUGACAAGUCUUACUCAUCUCAAACUGAAAGGCAACAUGGCACUGUCACGUUCCUUCGGAUUGGAGGACUUCCCCAACAUAAGGGUCAUCGAGAUGCCAUAUGCCUAUCAGUGCUGUGUUUUUGGAGGCUGUAGCAGUUACAGAUCUGCCAGCCAGUGGGAAGAACAGAUGGGCAGUGAAGAGGAAGAUUUCCAGAAGAAAUCUCCGUCCCUGUUCCCCAUUCACACUGACAACAACUAUGACCUUGACUUAGAAGAAUUCCAGUUAGCGAUUGAAGAGUCCAAGCUACAGACCAGCAUACAGUGCACCCCCAUACCAGGUCCAUUCAAACCAUGUGAUAACCUGUUUGACAGUUGGGUGGUACGACUUGGCAUGUGGCUCAUUUCUUUGGUCUCGCUGAUGGGAAACAGCCUUCUCAUCCUGACAGUCUUCACAUCCCCUAGCUAUCUCUCUCCUGUUAAGUUCAUCAUUGGAACCAUCAGUGGUGCCAACCUGCUAACAGGCCUAUGCACUGGAACCUUAGCUUUAGUUGAUGCCCGGACAUUUGGAGAGUUUGCCCUGCAUGGCGCUCAGUGGGAAAUGGGUGCAGGUUGCCGAGCAGUAGGCUUUCUUUCAGUGCUGGCCUCAGAGGGCUCCAUACUCUUCCUGACUUUGGCCGCAGUGCAGUGCAGUGUGUCUGUCUCAUGUGCCCGCGCUUACGGAAAGUCACCAUCUUUGGGAAGUGUCCGAGCCGCUGCAGUUGCAUGCUUGGCACUUUCGCUUGCAGUCGCUGCUUUGCCACUAAUUGGGGUCGGAGAGUACGGGGCAACUCCACUCUGCAUGCCAUCACCCCUACCAGAUGGAGAACCUUCCACACUGGGAUUCAUGGUUGCUCUCAUAAUGAUGAACUCUUUGUGUUUCCUGGUGAUCACUGGAACUUACAUCAAGUUGUACUGGGACCUGAUGAAGGGCGACUUUGACAGCAUUUGGGAUUGUGCCAUGAUUAAGCAUGUGGCCUGGCUCAUCUUCACCAACUGCCUGCUCUACUGCCCCGUUGCCUUCCUCACCUUCUCCUCCCUUCUAAGCCUCUUUCCGGUAAGUGAGGAGGUUGUCAAAUCUGUCGUCCUAGUGCUUUUGCCUCUUCCAGCAAGCAUCAACCCUUUGCUGUACCUUCUCUUCAAUCCACACUUCCGUGAAGACAUGCGUCUCCUUCUGAGCAGAGCUCACCUCAGUCAUGAUCGCAACCUGGAUUCCUUUGUCUCAGUUGACACAGAGAAAAGCUCCUAUGACUCCACUCAAGCCCUGGUGUCCUUUGCCAUCGAAGCAGAUGGAGUGUUUGAAAGUUCCUCAGUCCCAAACCCUGAGACAGUUGCCCGGUUUACAUGCCCACCCUCUGUGGCUCUGAUUCCAUGCCAGAUGCAGAUGAAACCAUCAACAGACAGGGAGAACACUGGAGAGAAUCUGAUCAGAUCAGCAGCAGGACUCAUUGCCAAAGAGCAGGAGCACAUUAGAAGCAGUGGAGUGGACACUCAGAGAGGCACCUCCAUCUUCUCUGGAGCAUACCACUCCACAGGUCCUUCAGCUCAUUCUCAGGUCUUUACCUAAACUGUAGUUUUUUUUAAGGUCCUCUGAGUGUGAGAAGUCACAAACCCACAAAUGAAAUAAGUCUGAAAACCUACAGAGCUAAUGAUCAAUGAACUGAUUAAUCUUGGGACUAUACAUAACCAUAAUGUCCCAACUGCUAGAUAGCAUUGUACAAAUAAUCAAAUAAAAGACAAGACAAGAAAAGCAUUACAUUUUGUGCUCCACUCACAUAAAGAUACAAAACCUGUCACUGGGGUUGUAUCUUUUCAAAAGAUGCAUUUUUGUACAUAACAGGUCCACAUUGGUACCUAAUAAGUACAAAUGUGUACAUUAAAGGUACGUUUAUUUCUGUGUACAAUCAUGUGGGUCGUUCAAUAAUUUAAGCAGCGAUGGUCAAAAACAAAUUCGCAUAUAUAAUUUUUGUAACUUUGUAAAUUGUUUGUGUAAUUAGGAUUAAAGGAAUGUUACAGGUUAAAUAUUGCUACCAUUUGAGGAAUACUGGUGAUUCUUAAAGAAAACAGCAUCUUGUUUUACUCAACACUUUAGUAAAAAUAAAUAAUACAUGAAUAAAGGAAGUUUUGAAGGCAAAGAACUUCAGUAUGAACAGACAAAUUCUAGAAAAUGGUGACAGUCAAUACACAAUACAGAAUUUUAACAAUAGAAAUGUAGAUUAAAUUAGUUUAAAAAAAACAGAACAGCAGGUCACAUCACAUCUAGAACUAGAAAUGAUACUGUUGAACCAUUUUCUGAUAUUUUUAUUCAUUUAUCAUUAACAAAAAAACAGACCACCAUUACAAAUUAAUCAAGCUUUAAAAAGAGUUCGGCUGCGUUCGAAACCGCACACUUCCAUACUAUACCCCUACUGAAAAAAACAGCUUAAACCAGCCUUAGCUGGUUGACCA